ACAUAUUUGCCUUGGUAAAGCAGCAUAACAAAGAGAAAACUGAAAAAGCAUUUUUCAUCGAUUCCUUCGCUAUGACCAAGGUGUGGCAGGGAUCCUACAACAUCCUUAGAAAGCUGGACCCAACUGAGUUCAAGAUGAUUCUUGGUGUCAUUGGUGAACAUGGACACUGGACUAUUGCUAGCCUUUAUGAGAAGUAAAGGGUGCAAUGUGUCAAGGUGGAGGUGUAUGACUCUCCCACACUCACUACAAAGAGAUGGAGUGUCAUGUGGUGUAUUUAUGUGCAAGUUCGCACAGAGGUUACUCCAGGAUCAGCCUGUGUGGUUCUCUAAUGAAACCCAGCUCAUUGAUAAGCAUCGGAGAAAAAUGGCAGUCAGACUUCUCCAGGAAUCGGAUUGCCUGCAGUGCCUGCGACAGGUGGAUUCACAUGUUUUGCAGUGGAAACCCACGAACGGAUGUGGACUUUUUUUGUGCGCAGUGUGAAGUUGUAAGAC